AUGAAGGAUAUUAUGAAGAAGGAAAGAGCAGUGAGCUAUGAACCAGUGGAUAAUCUACAUCAUUAUAGUGUUAUUUCGAUAAGGUCUUUGGUGCAGAAGAAGACAGACUUAGAAGCGUUCACUAUUCCUUGUACGAUUGGAUCUCUGGAAUUUUCUAAGGGCUUAUGUGAUCUGGAAGCAGGCAUUAAUCUGAUGUCACUAUCUUUUUUUGAAAUGUUGGGCUUAGGAGACCCCACGCCCACCAAUAUGAUAAUAGUUAUGAAGGACAGGUCUGUGAAGAAGCCGAUCGGUAUGCCAAAUGACAUACUUAUAAGAGUUGCCAAUUUUAUAUUUCCUGCUGACUUUGUGAUCCUUGAUUGCGAAGUAGAAUUUGAAGUGCCGAUAAUUUUUGGCGGACCAUUCUUAGCAAUCGGGAGAGUGAUAGUUGACAUGGAGCUAAAUGAGCUCCCAGUUUAG